UUUGCCUAAGCCAAAGUCCUCAGACUCCAGACACGAGAGAAUGUUCAGCAGCAGUCAAUUCACCCCAGAAUAUUUUCUGCUGACUGGUUUCCCUAGUCUGGAGGAACAGUAUCCCUGGUUCAUCUUUCCAUUCUGUUCCACAUAUCUUGUGGCCCUCAUGGGCAAUAGCCUGAUCCUGACUGUGAUCAAGAAAAACAUCUCUCUGCACCAGCCAAUGUACUUGUUCCUAGCUAUGCUGGCCUUUGCAGAGCUUGGUGUCUCUGCCUCUACACUGCCCACUGUGCUGGGCAUCUUCCUUUUUAGUGCCAAAAAGAUCUGCUUUGAAGCCUGCCUUUUGCAGAUGUUCUCCAUACAUUUGUUUUCCAUCAUGGAGUCAGGAGUUCUGCUGGCCAUGUCUGUGGACCGCUUUGUGGCUAUCUACAACCCAUUGCAGUACACUGCUAUCCUGACCUUGCCCCGUAUUGCUGGUACUGGUGCUACCCUUGGACUGAAGAGUGUGAUGCUCAUGUUCCCACUGCCCUUUCUCCUGAAGCGUCUGCUCUUCUGUGGCAACAUCACCCUCUCUCCCUCCUAUUGUCUGCACUCAGAUUUAAUUCAGCUGCCCUGUGGGGCCACUCGUCCCAACAGCAUUCUGGGGCUCUGUAUCAUCACUUCCACUUUUGGACUGGACUCACGGCUCCUCACAGUCUCCUAUGUGCUGAUUCUCUACACGGUGCUGGGCAUUACUUCUGGAGAGGGGCAGUGGAAAGCCCUCAACACAUGUGUAUCACACAUCUGUGCAGUCCUUGUGUAUUAUGUGCCCAUGAUCAGUGUGGCUCUGGUACACUGCUUCCUGAAGCAUACUGCACCUGCUGUUUGCCUCCUCCUGGCCAGUGUCUACUUCUGGUACCACCUGUGCUCAACCCCAUAAUCUAUAGUGUUAAGACCAAGCAGAUUCGCC